AAAAUGUUCCUAGGAAGGAGAGCUGCUUACAAAGCAGUGGGCGCUAGAAACUUCGCCACUAUUGCAAAUAUUCAUGCUAGAGAGAUUCUAGAUUCAAGAGGUAAUCCAACUGUUGAAGUUGACCUUACCUCUUCCACCGGUGAUCUGUUCAGAGCUGCUGUUCCAAGUGGAGCCUCUACAGGAAUCUAUGAAGCUUUGGAGCUUAGAGAUAAAGACCCUGGAAGAUAUUUGGGAAAAGGUGUAACCAAGGCUGUCAACAAUGUAAACACCCUUCUUGCACCAGCUCUCAAGGGUCACGAUGUAGCAGAUCAAUUUGGAAUUGAUACUAAGAUGAUCGAAGAAGUUGAUGGAACUCAAAGCGAAUGGGGGUCAUUCAAGACUAAGGUCGGUGCUAACGCCAUCCUUGCUGUAUCAUUGGCAGCUGCUAGAGCAGGUGCUAAGGCCCAAGGAAUCCCACUAUACCAACAUGUUGCUGAGCUUGCUGGAAAGCCAACUGACAGAUUUGUUCUUCCAGUUCCUUCUUUGAAUAUCAUUAACGGAGGAGAGCAUGCAGGAAACUUAUUGGCCAUGCAAGAGUUCAUGAUUCUUCCAACUGGAGCUACUUCAUUCACUGAAGGUAUUAGACUUGGUACUGAGGUCUAUCAUAGUCUUGCUAAUCUUAUCAAGAAAAGAUAUGGAAAAUCUGCUGCCAAUGUUGGAGAUGAGGGAGGAUUUGGAGUUCCUCAAAUCCAAGAUGAGUGGGAAACUCUUGACCUCAUCACUGAUGCUAUCAGGGAAGCAGGACAUGAAGGAAAGAUCAAGAUCGGUCUCGAUGUAGCCUCUUCUGAGUUCUACUUUGAUGGAAAAUACGAUCUCUCUUUUAAGACAGGAAAGAAAGAUAGAAUCUUGGGACAGGAUGAAUUCAUUGAUCAUUAUAAAUCAAUGAUCUCCAAAUAUCCUAUUGUUUCAAUCGAAGAUCCAUUCGACCAAGAUGAUUUCUCAGCCUACAAAGCCAUGCAAGCUAGAGUUGGUGAUCAGGUCCAAAUUGUCGGAGAUGAUCUUCUCGUAACUAAUCCAAAGAGAGUCCAGGCUGGUAUUGAUGAGAAACUCUGUAAUGCUUUGUUGCUCAAAGUAAACCAGAUUGGUUCUCUCAAGGAAUCUAUUGAAGCUAACAACAUGUCUAGAGAAGCAGGAUGGGGAGUUAUGGUUUCCCAUAGAUCAGGAGAGACAGAGGAUACUUUCAUCGCUGACUUAGUAGUUGGUCUCGGAACAGGCCAAAUCAAAUCUGGAGCCCCAUGCAGAUCUGACAGACUUGCUAAAUACAACCAGCUGUUGAGAAUUGAAGAAGAACUAGGUGAUAAAGCAGUUUACGCUGGAAAGAAUUUCAGGAAUCCAAAGCUCUAA